GGGGGCGUCCGAAACCUCUUGCCAUAUAGAAGAAGUGACGGGAUGAAAGGAUUGCAUUCUGCAAGAGAAUAAGACUCGAUAAACCAUGGGAAGUGGAAACUGUUUAUUUUUCUCACUGGGCAAAAAUUCGAAUCCGCAGCGCAACGUGCAUGCGGAAUUAGCUGCAAAAUUCUCCUUGAACGGCUUCCAAGGUGAGGCGGAUCACAAAAACGGCUACUAGGAAGCCGUUACGAAAGUCACGAACCUUAGACCGACCAUCUAACCCCCAACAACAGCAUUCCCUAGAGAAGUCUUCUCGGUCGCCAAAAGACGCGACGCGCCUUCAUUUUCCGAUUAUUAUGCCACCGUGAUGGCAGACCGCCGCCACCAUCGCUUCCCUCGCGGGGAGCAUUGCGCCGAUUGCCCCGCCCGGCGCUGGUAUCUCGAGAAUGGUCGUAAAUACUGUGAAAACGGCCACCAAGUCGAAGGAUACGUCCAAUUCGACGUUGACGACGAAGACAACUACAAUAGGACCGGUAGGGUCUCGCGCAAGCAGAAGGAUAUCAGGGAGGCCGAACGCAAGCACCUCUCGGGAAACCAGGCCAGGGGGCUCUACCUCGCCUGUCUGGGCUUCAUCAUCCGGAAGCAGGUCGCCUGGCUGGUCAAGAAGAAGGGCCUGCACCCGGAGCUUGAGUCGGUGUGCUGUGACCUCUGGAUCCUCCGCAUCCGCGACUUUCCAGGCCUGGCAAAGGAUUCAGGCAAGAGCAGCCAUGGGAAUAACCCCCCUCCUCACGCUGGACCCGAUGGCGAGCUGGCCAUGUUCAGCUCCCAGGUUGAGUUGCCUCCAAAUGCUCCCGAUGUGCCUCCUUCAAAUUGCAAAAAAGGGCCCAAGAGCUGGUUCACCGAGGACUGGGCUCUCCCUGGCGCCAUCGACACUCUGGCCUUGGUUUACCUGGGCUGCCUGUUGCGUCAAGAACCAGUGAGGGUCGGAGACCUCUAUCGAUGGGCCAAGACCAACCAGAUCCCCUUUAUCGGAGCGAUCGACCUGUUACCAAAGGAUUGGCGCGAGCGCUUGCCUGGAUGGGCUCAGAAAUCACUCUUGACCAGAUACAUCAAGUUUCAGGGAUCCGAACUUCAUAGGGCGAUCAUAGAUCUAAUUCGAGGAUACAAAGAGAACCGUUGCCUCGAAUUCCCAGCGGUGCCAGCCCAGCCGUCACUUCUCCUCUACCUCAAAGACCUCGCGCUUCCACCCGACGUGUAUACAAUCGUUCAAGACACGUGCUCACUUCUCGAUACUCGCUUCUCCUUCCCAGCCAGGGGCCCAGAUGUAAAAUCGCACAUGCUUCUCGAUAUGCCAGAUGUGCUCUUAGUGGCGGCCAUUGUAUCAACAGCAAAGCUGCUAUACCCCAUGGACGGCACGGAGCGGUUUUCCCUCGACGACGGCGACCUACAAACACUCCAAAUGAACUGGGAAGUUUGGGAGGCCGAGUUUAUUACGCCGCCAAAGAAAUUGGGCAGUUUUGAAUUCGAGAAGCUCGGCCCGAACGACAUAUGGGACUUGAGCAAACAAGAACUACACGAGUUCAUGAACUGGUUCCAGACAACUCAACUCAACUCGAGGCAGACAGAUGAGAUGGAGAUUGACCGUAUUUUUCCGCUAGAGGCAAUACAACCACUGCCCGAGUUCCAGGACAUGACGGACGAGGAAGUUGAGGCACGCAUGAAAAGAGUCCAGAAAGCAAUGACGAUUGUUCCACCCCGACCAGACCAAGAGGGCGAAACGAAGCCCGAGAUACGGCUGUAUCGAUACCCAAGCAGCCUUAAAGGACAUGCUAAGCGUUUCUAUGAAGUGGUUGCGGAGGUAUCUGGGCUCACAUUAAAGGACCUUGUCUUUGUAGUGUACAGAUUUGAUCAACUGUUGUUACGACGACAGAUCAAAGAGCUGCGGCGACUGAAGAAGGAGCCGACUCGCCGCGAAGAACAAAUCGACAGCGAAUCCGAAGCCUAGGUUAGGGCGGGAGAAUGCUAGGUGGAACUUGUCAGGGCUUAGGAUUCUGUAUUAGGACUUGUCACAGGGAAGAUGGCAGGAGGGUUGGUUCAUUUGCCCGGGGAGUUAAAGGGCAACUCUGCAACGGGCGCAACUUACAUACCCUUUGAUUAUUGUGCUGCAGCAUGAUGUAAAAUAGGUGGUUGAGACUGGAACUAGAACAACUGGCAACAAAUGCAUUCCUACAAGAAGAAGAAUGCAGGGCUAUAUGUGCAGACUGCUCGACGCUCGCAGGUUGAGAAUAUCGUGGUUUUGACUGUGGACACAGUGCAAUUCUGCUAUGGAGUUAAGAACUUUGAAAACUGGGGAAAGCAAGGGUCU